AUGGCGGCACCACCUCGACAUGCCACGAUGCAGUCCAUCAGCAAUGGCAGCACAGCACAAGGGAACGACAGAUCACAGACACAACAAUCACAGCAAGUCCAGCAAUCACAACAGUCCCCUGGACUGCGUGUACCUUCCAAUCGCAAGACCAUCUACGACCGACACCUGAACCGAAGUCGUAAUGCAGAACUCAGCCGGGCGAGCUUCGCCUUUCUAUUCGGAGAGAUGGUCACAUAUGCUCAACGAAGAGUAACCGGUAUACAAGAUCUGGAGAAACGGUUAAACGAACAAGGCUACCCCCUCGGCCUCCGCCUCCUCGACCUCCUCUUCUACCGCUCAACCUCAACCUCCUCCUCAGCUCUUUCAAGUUCCUCGACCUCCUCUUCACCCCCAAACCGACCCCUCCGCAUCAUAACCCUUCUGCACCUGAUCCACGGCCCGCUCUGGCGUCUCCUCUUCGGCCGCGCCGCAGAUGCCCUCGAGCACUCCGUCUCCCCAGACACCCCCAACGAAUACAUGAUCACCGAUAAUGACCCAAUGGUCAACACAUAUAUCAGUGCGCCCCGCGAUAUGAGCAUGCUCAACUGCGCUGCGUAUGUUGCCGGCAUCAUCGAGGGUGUCUGUGACGGGUGUGGCUUUGAGACGAAGGUCUCGGCGCACAAUCAGCCCACGGAACUCUGGCCUAGUCGUACGGUGUUCUUGGUUCGCUUUGGGGAUCCGGUUAUGGAGAGGGAGAAGGUGCUCGAGAGGGCGGGUGUUAAAUAA